UAAUGAGAUGGAGAUGGCGCAAGUGUUACUUGGUGAGUGUAAACAUAACAAAAUUUGUCCAAACAACACAAUGGUUGGUAAAAUAUUACACAGGAACUGUAGGUGUGAUACAUAUUAAAGAUAUAACCAGAAACUGCCACAUAUUUCCCAUCUUCCCCAAAAACACACACACUGCCAAAUGAAAGCAUUUUACAUAACUUGUUGUGACUAUUUUUAUUAUUUUCCAUGGCCCCAUAGGAAAUCUGAUGAAAUGUAGUAUCUCAAUAGUUAUAAUUUUUUUGCAUCGUAUUCUAUUAUCGAUUUCUGCAAGUAGUAUAAUUUAGUUCGUUGAUUAAAAUUUUUCAGGUUUGGAAGAACUUUGAAUGUUAGGUAUCUGAAUCUGACAUUUGCACUACAGUUGGGAGGGUUACACCAGAGAUUUACUUGAAGAUAGUGGUUGCAGUGAAUGAAAGCUAUGCGUUAGAACAUUACACCCCACCUUUACUUAGGCUUCAGAAUUGCAAUUUUGUGAGAGAUGCAUUCACAAAAAUUACUUCAACCUACUGUCAUCCAUUAAAACAAACGCAUUUCCAUUUCCAUGCAUCUUCCUAAUUCAAGACAAGAAAGUAAUUAAGGGUAGAGAGAGAGAAUCUAAUAUCUAACAUGGAUUGAAACAGUAAGUGCAAUAAAUAUACACUAGAUAACGUAUCUGGUGGUGCAUGAAGGGAGAGAGAGGUUGGUAUGACAAAGGGAGCUUAUGCGUAGGAUAAGGGUGCACAGAAUAGAAGGAGGGUGUUGCAGUGGUGGUAACGUGACCGGGGGGAUUGGCUUGGCGGCGGGAGGAGUUGAUGAAGAAGCCUUGAGGAUGGGUGCGGUGUCUGUGGAAGAAAACAAAGUCGUGAGAAAUUCUGGCAGGAAGUGCACGGGGAAGAGAGAGAAAAAUGUGGAGGUAAUUAACGCUCAGAAAAAAAAUGUAGUAAACUUAACCCCAACCUAUUUAACGGAGGGGAGUAAUACACAUUUUAUUUUAUUUUUUUGGCAAAAAUGAUUGUGAAUUUAUUUUAGUGGGAUGUAUGGGGUGGAAUUUCAGUGAGGCCUAUUGGUCUUUAUAGGAAAGCAGCAGAGGCAGACAGAGAAUAGAAAUAGAGAUAUUCCCAUACAUAAGAAGACCAAACCAACAAUUAGUAAGCAUAGAGCUGAUUGAAGAUGUGCACGGUGUCAGGUUCUAUCCUUCUGCUUCUGUGCUGUCCUUCAUCUUCUUCUUCAAUAUCACUUGUUUGUUGUUAUUCCAAUACCAUAGCCAAAAAGAGGGUUGGGAAUGGCAUAAGCCAUUUAAGUGCGGCCACCGCCACUUGUGCUAUGGCUAAAGAUGUGUGGAGCCGAACAUGUGGAUCUGCUUGUUCCUCUCCCAUUCCCAGGGAAGGUGGCGGCAGAAGGCAACAACAAGGUACGUGCUUGGACCGCAGUGUGGAUAUGGAAGAGUUAUUAGCGGCAAUUGGGGAGACCCAGAACGAGGAUGAACUGUAUGCGGUCAUGUCCCCCUACAGCGGGAGGCAGCUGUCUAUGCGCUUCAUGGUUUCCCUGCUCUCCCGCGAGCCCGAUUGGCAACGCACUCUUGCCCUUCUCGAUUGGAUAAACGAAAAGGCCCUCUAUUCCCCUUCCCUAUUCGCCUACAAUGUCGUCCUCCGCAACGUCCUUCGGGCCAAGCAGUGGCACCUCGCCCACGGCCUGUUCGACGAAAUGCGCCACAAGGGCCUUUCCCCCGAUAGGUACACCUACUCCACCCUCAUCACUUCUUUCGCCAAACACGGCUUGUUUGAUUCUUCUCUCUUUUGGCUCCAGCAGAUGGAGCAAGACAACGUUUCCGGCGACCUUGUCCUCUACAGUAAUUUGAUCGACCUUGCCCGCAAGUUGUGCGAUUAUUCCAAGGCCAUUUCCAUCUUCACCAGAUUGAAAGCCUCUACCAUUACCCCCGACCUCAUUGCCUAUAACUCCAUGAUCAAUGUAUUUGGAAAAGCCAAGCUCUUCCGCGAGGCUCGCCUUGUUCUUCAAGAGAUGGCCGACAAUGCUGUUCAACCCGACACCGUCAGCUAUUCUACUCUUCUUGCCAUCUACGUUGACAAUCAAAAGUUUGUUGAAGCGCUUUCUCUAUUCUCUCAAAUGAAUGAAGCCAAAUGCCCGCUUGAUCUCACCACCUGUAACAUCAUGAUUGAUGUUUAUGGCCAGCUUCACAUGCCCAAGGAAGCGGAUCGCCUCUUCUGGAGCAUGAGGAAAAUAGGGAUUCAACCCAAUGUGGUUAGCUACAAUACGCUCUUGAGGGUUUAUGGAGAGGCUGAGCUAUUUGGGGAAGCCAUCCACCUGUUUCGCUUGAUGCAGAGUAAAGAUAUACCGCAGAAUGUUGUCACUUACAACACUAUGAUUCAUAUCUAUGGCAAGACCCUUGAGCACGAGAAAGCUACCAAUCUCGUUCAAGAAAUGAAGAAAAGGGGUAUUGAACCCAAUGCCAUCACUUACUCGACCAUAAUAUCCAUUUGGGAAAAGGCAGGCAAACUGGACCGCGCAGCUAUCUUGUUUCAAAAAUUAAGGAGUUCAGGAGUUCGAAUUGACGAGGUUCUUUACCAGACAAUGAUUGUAGCCUACGAGAGGGCAGGUUUAGUUGCUCAUGCCAAGCGUCUGCUGCAUGAGCUGAAGAGACCGGACAACAUUCCUAGGGAGACUGCAAUUGCAAUUCUUGCUAGAGCGGGUAGAGUUGAAGAGGCUACCUGGGUUUUUCGUCAGGCUUUUGAUGCUGGAGAAGUUAAAGAUAUAUCUGUGUUUGGGUGCAUGAUUAAUCUUUUCUCUAAGAACAAAAAGUAUGGCAAUGUCGUUGAAGUGUUUGAGAAGAUGAGACAGGUUGGAUAUUUUCCUGAUUCUGAUGUUAUUGCUCUCGUGCUGAAUGCUUUUGGAAAGCUGCGUGAAUUUGAUAAAGCAGAUGCUUUAUAUAGACAGAUGCACCAGGAAGGGUGUGUUUUUCCAGAUGAAGUUCAUUUCCAGAUGCUGAGUCUAUAUGGUGCAAGAAAGGAUUUCAUGAUGGUAGAGUCAUUGUUUGAGAAGCUGGAUUCCAAUCCUAAUGUCAAUAAGAAGGAGUUGCAUCUUGUUGUUGCUAGCAUUUAUGAGCAAGCAGAUAGACUUAACGAUGCUUCCCGAGUCAUGAAUAGGAUGAACCAAAGAGCAAUCAGAAGUCACGAUCAUACUUAGUAGUGUGUAUCCGCCUUCCCCUCUGUAAAUUGUUGAUGAACAUUCUUUUAGCCCUAAAAUAAUCAGAAAACCUCUCAUGUUAAGUGUCAUGUAUAUAUGUAAUAUUCACCAAGACGCAUAUUCGGAAUAGCAGCAUCCUGGGAAUUAAUCA